AUGUUAAACAAUCAAGUAGAGUAUUAUGACGUAGACGGUAAAACAGUUUACAAAAAGUCCGAAUUACCAGGCGUUUUUAGCACUGCAAUUAGAAGUGAACUAGUUAGUAUUGUCCAAGACCGAAUAAGACGUAAUAGUAGACAGCCUUAUGCUGUUGAUCCUUUAGCCGGUAUGAGACACUCAGCUCACUCCUGGGGAACAGGAAGGGCACUAGCCCGAGUACCUAGAGUCUCUGGUGGAGGUACUCAAAGAGCCGGACAGGGAGCUUUUGCUAACUUUUGUCGUAAAGGUCGGAUGGCCAGUCCUACUAAUGUGCGUAGAAGAUGGAAUCGUAAGACUAACUUAACCUUAAGAAGACAUGUAGCUGCUAUGGCUGUAGCUGCCACUGCUUCUUCUGCCUUAGUUGAGAGUAGAGGCCAUUUAAUCUCUUCAUUAAAACAAGUACCUUUAGUUGUAUCUAAUGAAGUAGAGUCAUUAAAGAAGACUAAAGAGGCUGUGCAAGUCUUAGGUAACUUUGGACUGACUGAAGAGGUAGCUAGAGUUAAGGAGAGUAAGUCUUUAAGAAGGGGACAAGGUAAGGCUAGGAAUAGAAGGUGGGUUAUGCGUAGGGGUCUUUUAUUGGUUUAUCUUAAUGAUUGUGGGUUAGUUAGGGCUUUUAGGAAUAUUCCUGGGGUUGAUUUGAUGCAAGUUGAUUCUUUGGACUUACAGAAGUUAGCUCCUGGUGGUCAUUUAGGUCGGUUGGUUAUGUGGACUGAAUCGGCUUUUGAAAGAUUACGGGACUUAUUUGGUAGUGCUGAGGAAGGGUCUAAGACGAAGGGUGGAUAUAAUUUACCGACUAGUAAGUUGAGUUGUCCGGAUUAUCGGGAGUUAUUGAAGAGUAAGGAGGUACAAGCCCUCUUUGACCGGCGCCCAGAGAUCAAAUUAGGUCGAACUAAGGCUGAACCCAGUCAGGUAGCUGCUAUCAAUCCGUACUUAGGCCUGUUUGCCGAAGUGCAGUAA